AUGGCCGGCUGCUGCUGCUUGUCGGCGGAGGAGAAGGAGUCGCAGCGCAUCAGCGCGGAGAUCGAGCGGCAGCUUCGCCGGGACAAGAAGGACGCGCGCCGCGAGUUCAAGCUGCUGCUGCUGGGAACUGGUGAAAGUGGCAAAAGCACCUUUAUCAAGCAAAUGAGAAUCAUCCAUGGGUCCGGUUACAGCGAUGAAGAUAGAAAGGGGUUCACGAAGCUGGUUUACCAAAACAUAUUCACCGCCAUGCAAGCCAUGAUCAGAGCCAUGGACACUCUGAGGAUACAGUACGUGUGUGAGCAGAACAAGGAAAAUGCCCAGCUAAUCAAAGAAGUGGAAGUGGACAAGGUCUGCGCCCUGUCCAGGGACCAGGUGGAGGCCAUCAAGCAGCUCUGGGAGGACCCAGGAAUCCAGGAGUGUUACGACAGGAGAAGGGAGUACCAGCUGUCAGACUCGGCCAAAUAUUACCUGAGUGACCUUGACCGCAUCGCCACGCCGUCGUUCGUGCCGACACAGCAAGACGUGCUUCGCGUCCGAGUGCCCACCACCGGCAUCAUUGAGUAUCCGUUUGACUUGGAAAACAUCAUCUUUCGGAUGGUAGAUGUUGGUGGCCAGCGAUCUGAGAGACGGAAAUGGAUUCACUGCUUUGAGAGUGUCACCUCCAUUAUUUUUUUGGUUGCGCUGAGUGAAUACGACCAGGUCCUGGCUGAGUGUGACAACGAGAACCGCAUGGAGGAGAGCAAAGCCUUAUUUAAAACCAUUAUUACCUAUCCCUGGUUUCUGAACUCAUCUGUGAUUUUGUUCUUAAAUAAGAAGGAUCUUUUGGAGGAGAAAAUCAUGUACUCUCAUCUAAUUAGCUACUUUCCAGAAUACACAGGACCGAAGCAGGAUGUCAAAGCCGCCAGAGACUUUAUCCUGAAGCUCUACCAAGAUCAGAAUCCUGACAAAGAGAAAGUCAUCUAUUCUCACUUCACAUGUGCUACAGACACGGAGAAUAUCCGCUUUGUGUUCGCGGCUGUGAAGGACACAAUUCUCCAGCUCAACCUGAGGGAGUUCAACUUGGUUUAAAAGCUGCUGCGCACACCUCACCCAUCCCACAGGACAGGAUCUGCGAGCUCCUCCCUUUUGUCUGCCACUGCUUGUGACGGCACCCCCCCAGCUGGCGGCACCGGGCCCGCGGCGCAGGCCCCAGGGACGGGUGAUGGACGGUCUGAGAUGCUGGAGCUCAGCCAACCUUGUCAAAGCCUUUGUCUUUAGAUUUCUUUUCUUGACUUUUGGCUAUGAGAUUCUGUGUAAGUUUUGAAUUUGAUAUUUUAUAGAAAUCUUAAAAGCCACUGUGAUUUACUGUGUUGUUGCUUUAAGUUAAAGGGUGUUUAAUAAUAGUCCUUAACACAGCCUAUAACAGAAGGGUCUGUUAAUUUAUAGAUCAUGCCUUGAGACCUCUAGGAUUAAGUUGGGUGGCGUUUUUUUGUUGUUGUUUAAAAGUUAAUGGGUUUGAAGCUUUUUAUUAAAUCUUGUAAUUUAGAGAUUUUUAAA